AUGGGCGAUAUGAUGACCGGCCGCGACGUGACGGCAACACUGAAGGAAAUGCUCCUUCGGACGAUGGUUUUGUUUGUGAUCACUUUGGACGUUUGUUGGGGAUCGGAUCCACAAAAAUCGUACGGCCCACUUCCGUCGAACGAUAACUACCAAAAUAAUUACGAACCCGAGUUUCAAAGGCCGUUAGCUGUGUUUACAGAGAGACCCGUGAAUGUGGCUAACUUUGUGCUGAUCCCAGUGGUGCAAGUUCCGUCCUCAGAUCUAAGGAUGAUUUAUCGGCCACAGAUCGACAGCGUUUCAAAAACUGAACCAAUAAUAAUGUGCAAAUCAUUAACCAAAUCGUUCGAAGCUACUCCCGCGGUGCAAGUGCAGUUGCAGCAACCGUUCUACCUGUAUGACGAACGGACGCUUAUACCGUUCCCAAAGUCAGUUACCAUCUUGCAUGGUGGUUACCGCAUGUCAAUCCCGGUUGGUAUGGUCGUAGCCCCGGUUCCAGUGGAUCUCCUCCGAGCUGGACCAGUGUUCGUCACCACGUUGUACGCUAUACCCGCGGGCCCCGUGCCAGCGCCAUCGCCAGUCAGGUUAGUCCCAUGGUCGUCUUAUCCUCCGAAUCCAACGGCACUUCAGCCGUACUCGGCAUCACCACCGCCCCAGUACUCGGCACCACCGCCCUCCCAGUACUCGGCACCACCGCCGUCCCAGUACUCAGCAUCACCGCCGUCCCAGUACUCGGCUGCCCAAUCGCCGUCCACUCAGUACUCGCAACCGGCACCUCCGUCGCCCACUUACUACCAGCACUCGGCAGGCACCACUGACGGCGGUUAUGUCGAAGAGUCUAACGAACCACCUGGCAAACUCUACUCGCAGUUGGCGGCGGCUUCGUUCCAAAACUCCAAAGAAUCGCCAGUGCUGCACCAACUCAGAGAGGAGUCGGAAAAGAACCGUCACAAAUACGCUCCGCCUUCGUAUAACAACCAUUAUCAAACGGUGGACGCUGCGUAG